AUGUUGACGGGAGUUCUGAAAGGAACACUUCUGUCCUGCGAGAAUGGGAACUCUACGUGGAACAGCGUGGCCGACGCGAACAAAAACGUUCUCCAGGAGGCCACGCCUUUGCUGAGAGUUAUUUACAGAAUAAUAAUGCCGACCAUCGUGGCCAGCGGUAUGGUCGGCAACAUUUUGAUACUCGCUGUGCUGUCCACGCCAAUGUUUCGCGGGAUCGCGUAUUUAUAUCUCAGAGGGGUUGCAAUGGCGCACAUCGGCGUACUGGUGUCUUGGAUACCGAUAUUUGUCAGACUGGGACACGGGAUGAAAAAUAAUUAUCCGUCCGUGUUCUAUCACGCCCAUUUGGAACUAGUCGCCGUUAACACCUUCUCCAUCGCGAGCAUUUUAAUAAUGACCUGUUUAAUCGUGGAUCGAUACAUUUUCAUUUUUUUCCCGGCUCGUAUACGCGGCAGAAACGCGCGCAAGAACGUCCGCUCCUCCAUCCUGUGCUCGUUCAUUCUCGGUUUCGCGGUGAGCGCCCCGCUGACUGGAAUGAGAAUGGUCUACGAACAGCAAGGGAGCACGUCUGUUCUCUUCGCGUUGCGCGAAAAUACUUCGGUCACGCGGAACGCGCUCUGGAACGCGUACAUCUGGAUCAUGGAGAUCGUGGUGCGCCUCUGCCCGACGAUGAUCCUUCUUUUCUUGAACACGGUCGUUGUCAGAAGGUUUCUGCACCUGAACGCUAAGAAAAGGGAGUUUCAAUUGGUCUCGGAGAAGUAUCGUACAGCGAACGUUCCUGAAACGUCUCUGCUCGCGCGUAAUCGGGGAUACAGAGAAGAACAACACCUGGCCACGCUGAUGUCGGUCAUGGCGGUGUGCUUUAUCGUGUCGAUGAUACCAUCGACACUUGUUCCAUUAUUAUAUCACAACUGCGAGAGCACGGAUGUUGGUUAUUAUUUGUUUCAAGCAUUCGCGGCCGUCAUUGAGCUGUGCAACUUCGCCAUUCACGUUGUCGUGUAUUUCUCCUGCAGCAGAGAAUUUCGGGAAGAAUUUGUCAAGAUUCUUCAGAACAAAUGCGAGAAAGACGUGGAGGAAGAUAUCGAGCGACCGAUUGGGGAAAUCGAAGACUAUAGUCGACACGGUACAACGGUGCGAUUAACACCUGAACAAACAAAAUUAAAUUCACCUGGCUCUGCCAGUAAACUGAAUCCCAUGGAAGAGGACAAAGAAUCGGAAUUAUUAAAUGCCUCCGAUAUCAUUUAACUAUUGUACGAUUAAAUUUCGAAUA